CUUCUCCUCCCUUCCCCUCCCCUCGGAACCCCUAUCCCGCCGCUCCAAAUCGGCAGAUCCCCACGCCUCCUCGCCCUUUAUUUCUCUCCCUUCCCCCCGGCUCUCCCUUUAAACUCUUUUCUCUUCUCCCAGAGGCCAUCCCAUCCCACCAGCUAUAGAAGAAGAGAAGAGAGAGAGAGAGAGAGAGAGAGACAGGGGUGCUCACAUGGCAUCGGGCUUGGUGGCGGCAGGGGCGGCGGAGGUGGCGGACGGUCCGGUGCUGAGCCUGAUAAGCAAGCGGCUCCGGGCGCUGCGGAAGAAGCACAACCGCAUCCUUCAGACGGAGGAGAGCCUGGCCCAGGGAAAACCCCUCAACAAGGAGCAGGAGGAGCUCCUCCGCUCCAAACCCGCCGUCACCGCCCUCAUUGAUGAGCUCGAGAAGCUCCGCUCGCCCCUCGCCGCCGCCCUCCACGAAGAGCUCUCCCGCUGCCCCUCUCCGCCACCCCAGGACCCCUCCCCUACCCCUCCCCCUCCCCCGCCCCUGGCCGUCGCCGCCGAGUCCAACGGCAAGGCCAUCGAGGACCUCCUUGCCUUGCUCUACUUUGGCUGCCUCUUCGAUAUCAGGCCACAGAGCGAGUUCACCGGCAUGAUGCUCACUCGGACGCACGAGCGGGACUGCUGCUUGACGUAUGAUUAUGUGACCGACGACGCCACCGAUUUGCUCGGGGAACGGGACCUCGACGCGAUCUCCGUGCUCGGGUCGCUCGUGACGUCCAGGCCGACCUACUCCGGGGUCUCUCACAAGAACGCGCUCCAGGAAUGCGUUCAGCACGCCAAGUUCUGGCUUCAGAAGUCCGACCAGCCCAUCCAUUCGGGAGUCUCCGUUACCUAUGCUGGGUUGAGGGAGAAGCUGAACAAGAUUAUGGCGUCGGACUACUUCACCACGACACCGGAGAUGAAAGCUCCGGUAGAUGUGGCUGCGGCGGUGGGGAAGUACAGCACGACUAGCCAGGUGCAGAUUUCUGAGACCACCUCGCCGUCUGCCCAAACUGAAGGUUCCCCGACACAUCAUCAGCACAAGGAGGAUGAGCAACAAGAUUUUCAAGCAACUGAAGUCCACCCUAAUCAUCAGUCUACUCCUGUUGAUGAACCUUCAAAGAUGGAUGAGGCAGACGUGCUAAACCCAUCAGGGGACAUUGGCUCUGCCCCGCAGGAGCAGCAGAAACUGGAAUCGGAUGUGGAAGAACAGAACCAAGGAGAUCCAGAACCAAAGGAUCAACAAUACGUUCCACGGAGGGUUUACCCGAACCAGAGAGGUGGAAGUCGUGGUGGUGGUGGUGGCGGCGGCGUCGGGGGCCGGAGAGGCUAUCCAAAUGGUCGUGGUGGUCGUGGCCGAGGUGGGGGUGGUGGUUACCAAAAUGGGCGGAGCCAGUAUUAUGAGCCUGGAUACUAUCCAAGAAACUACUACAACUCCCGGGGAAGGGGAGGUCGGACUGGUGGUUCAUCCAUGUACAACAGUCACGGAGGAGGACCACAUGGAGGUCAUGUCCCUGCAAAUGUUGAACUGGGCGCAAGCACUUAGUUUCUUGUCUGAUGUGCCAGGAAUAGACUUCAUUUUGAGAGCUCCUAUCCUAUCUGAAGGAAAUCUGGAUUAUGACACCCUCAAUUGCUUCAAAGUUACUAAUUUAAUAUUACUAUGUGUGGGGGUUCUGCUUAUAUUAUGAACUAUAGAUGGUUGCAUACAAUUUAUAUAGGCAAGUGGUUGUAGAAGGGAAACAGAGGCUUCCUGGUUGUAGGUAACUGUUCUAUUUCUCUGCACGGACAUGCUUGCUUUGUGCAGCACACCGAUUAGGCUUGAGUUAUCUUCAUCUUUUUUUUUAUACAGGAGGUCCUGCAGCUU